GGUAAAGGCAGGCUCACCUCUUUCUCUUUCUCUUUCCCUCUGCCUUAUCUCUCUUUUCCCGUUCCGUCACUCUUGUGAGCCUCACUAAUAGAUUGAAUUCAGUAGUAAUUUCAAAAUGUCGGGUGAGACCACCCAACAAGAUCUGGUAUGGGUAUCUCCAUCUGAAUAUGAAAGUGCCUCAAUGGAAAGAAGAAGUAAAAUGGCAGGUGAAGAUACUACCGAUCUCCCUGGGUCUGAUCUGCCUGCUAUACUCAUACAGAAUGGCCUUCAUUUGAAACAGAAAGGUGAAUCACAACCUUUCGAGCUCUUUAACUAUUGUCCUGCUCCUAUGAUGAACCAUCCUAUCAGAGUUGAUUGGAAAAUUGUGACACAGACACCUUUAGAAGGUCACCACAUUCUCUGUCGUCAGCUACAGCCUAAAGAUGACCUCCCAUCGAUAAUCCAAUCAUGUAGCAGUGAAAAUACACGUGGACUCAUCAUCAUCACACAUAAUGACUCGUAUCUUCUCUCGCGUGAUUAUAACUGGGAGGGAAUGGAGUCUCCUCAUUUCCCUGUGUGUGUGCUGAACAAUACUAUGGGUUCCAAGCUAUUAGAAGUGAUGUCUCAUCAUGAUCAAGGUGAAUUGUUAAUGAACAUAUUGAGUAAGAAUAUGUCAAGAGAGGAUGCCAUGAAGUGCAAGUCACCUUCACCUGAAGACUUAUCAUUGACUUUAGAAGAAGUUAAAGGCAAACAUAAGCGUCUUCGCUUGUUUAAUCGUCCAAAAUCUGACCUUAAGAAACGAUUAAAGGAGAUGAUGACUUCUCCCAGCACUGGACCGUAUUGUCUCUCUGAGAACAGGGAACUGUUUCAGCGUGUGAUGGAAGAGUUUUUCCAUUAUGAAGAGAAUGCCAAGAGUCCGGCAGAUGGUGAUGCUAAUAGUCGAGUAUUUCAGAAACUGAUCAAGUUUAUUGCUGUUGACGAGGUCUUCAGAAAAGAUGUUCUGUUUUAUGUAUCACUGGCUUUUAGGGUUUUCAAGCUUCAGCAGAUAUAUGCAUGUGAAGAAUUAAGCCAGUAUAUUAGAAAAGUUAUUGUAAAAUUUGAAGAAAUGAUGGAGGACAAUAAACUAGAGCCAAUAAUGAAGUUCAUUGAAGGUGGUGAUUUGAUGAUACAUUUUGAGGAAGAGACACAAGAUGCUACAUGUAGUUUAUUUAAUGUGCUGGAGAAAGCUUGUAUUGUCCUCAUGAAGGAGUCACAGAAAAUGAAGUCAAAAGGACUUCAAGGACAUCAGCACCACAAAUCUCUUUUAUGCAAGAUGUUAUGGUUGUCUGUCAGUCUCAAGUUCAAGUCACUAGGUAGUUUCAGAGAUGGUAAAAAGGUGUGGUAUGACCACAUUGCAAAGGAGCCUGAGAAAUAUACUCUUGAUGCUCAGUCUGUGGAAGACUUUUUAUUUGGCCUUCAAUUUGGUGUUCAUUUAAAGUUACCAGUGGAGAGCUCUUUUAAUAUGGAAGCAUUAGGAGCUCUAAUGGCAUCAGGGAAUACUGUUAGACAUUUCAGUCAACUAAGUUCUUUAUUAAAGAAGAUAGAGGGUCACCUUCAUGUUCCUGAAGAGUUUCUUGAGCACAUUAUUAAACGAUUGAGAGAACCUUAUAGCCGGUAUUUGGAACCUGCUAGUCAGAAAUUGGAACCACUUAGUCAAUUUGGUAAUCUUCUUGGAGCCAUUCAAGAAGGUUUAACGUUCCUUGAUACUGUGAUUGAAUUAUGGAAUGAUAAGAACUGGAAGCACCAGUCGUUUGAUGCUGAAAUGUUUAAAUGGGUUGAGAUGCUAUUGAACACUGUAAAUGUAUCUGUGGAUAAAGCUAGCUCUUAUGUCAAGGAGUUUGUCAAUCAGAUGUCUCAUCCAGUUUGUGCACAGUACCAAAAGCAAAUUGUUGAAAAGUUGAAUGAGAGUGUUACAAACGAGUUUCCUCAUUUGAGUAUACUCAAGUUUUCUAGAUUAUUCAAAACAUUUUUCAUCUGGCCAUCAACACUUGUGAAGGAAUACUUGUUUGAUUACAGUAAAAGGAUACCAACAAGAAUGAACAUUAAUGACACCACAUGGGUUGAUUUUCUAACUGAUGUUGUUGAAAGGUUCCCUGGUGCUGAAAAUCAUACUUUUAUACUUGAAUUCCUUACUUAUAUUGGUGAACACUAUCUGUCUGAGAGGAGGCCUAAAGAUUUCAUAUUCCAUUUGCUGAGUAUGAAUAUACCAGGACUGUUUGUAGUAGAGCCAGGGAAGGAGAAUCAUGCUGCAUCUCAAGGAGUACCCAUUAGCUUCAAGACAAUACUCAGAGAAUAUAUCCAGAGAAACAGACUAAGCAGUUCUGUUGUUUCUCAUGUCACUGCAAUAUGGAAAUCAGUGUCUAAUAUGAGCGAAUUCCAGCUCCUUGUACUUUCUGUGGUGGAGAAGGAAUUAAUCCCAGAGUCUCGUAAUCUUCAAGAGCCCAUCAGCACUUCAGUUAAGAAUAUACUUGAAGACACUGUUAAACUAUUGGCAUAUGAUGCCUCAUGGCUAGAAGAGCUUUCUCUACAUCAUAAAUUUGCUUUUGGUGUUGUCUCAGUUUGCUGUUCACUAAUCCCUGUUGCCGAGAGCCUUGACUGGACGUUACCUUAUUCUGAAGUGGUGAAGAAACUUGGGACAAUAUUCAGCUGUUACUGUAAAGCAAAAGGGCUGGAUGAAGAAGACUGCAUUUUGAAGUCGAUUCCUGAGGACAUAUCAAAGAUUGCAUGUGAUGAGAUAAACACAUACUUCCAGUGGGUCAUUGAUAUACAGCAAGUCAUCUCUCGAUGGAAGAAAUCGUUUACUGAGAAGUCACUGACAUAUGAUAAUAUUCAGCAUUUUAAUCAUUGCUAUGUGCAUGUGUCAGCUGUUGGGCAAUCAGUGCUUGCUUCUUCUCUUGUUUAUGAUAUGCAGUUAGCCAAAGAAGCACACAAUGAGUUCUUGAAGUUGUUUGAGCAGCUCAAUAUUCAUUUGAUUAAGUACAUUGCUGGUCAACCUGAAGCCUCAUGGCUGACAUUGCCUAGUUUGUUAGCCGAAUAUGGUAUUGAAGUCCCAGAGAAGAUACUUGUACCCCUCUCAUCACAGGUUGUGUUCCCUGGGGAGACUGAAGAAUACACACAGAUAAUGUGCAGUGACAUCACACCCUCUGUCACUGGGGCAUUCCGUCCUGGACAUGACGUGUCAUUAAAGCUAGGCACUAACGUUACACAAUAUCAAAUCUCUAAACUAGUCCAUGAUCUUAAUGAGCUUUUGUCCCCAAUAAAAGACAAUCUUGAUUUGCUCAUUUAUUUCUUCCUUCACAAAAGCGCAAUUUUUGAUACUUAUCUUCGUUACCAGUUGAGAAAGUACAGUGGGUUGCAGCCAGAUGAAUCUGUGCCUGUUUCAAUGCAAAGCGUUGUAUCUCGUGUUCGUUCAAUGUCUGGAGCCUUCUUUAACUCAAUUCGUAGGGGCAGUGAACCAUUUAAAGGAAUUUCUUGGCAGACGCUAGCUGAAGCACUAACUGCCACUAAAGAAUUAGUGCUGAGGUUAGUUGAAGGUACUGCUCAAUAUAGUGAAGUUACUGCUGGAGGUAACCUGGCCCUGGAGAGAAUGGAUAUAGAAUUUGAGUUUAAAGUUUUGGUGGACUAUACCAAAUAUCUUAAUGGGGAACAGAGUAACUAUGAUGGUCUGAGGGGUAUACAGUGCAUGCUUGAGUUGUUCCAGUAUACUCAUCAUAUUAAUAACGUUUAUAAUGUCUGUGAGCAGUAUCACAUGACUGGCUGUCUUGAAGAUGAGAAGUUAAUCGAUAUCAAGAAGAUUGCCAACGAACUGAAGGAAGUAUCUUGCCGUGACCAACUCACAUCAAAAGAUGCCAUUGAGAAAGUUGAGAAGAUAGUGUCUGCCCUGCGUCUUAAGAAACGUGGUCUGGGCUAUGAUAAGAGCUGUCUCCUUUUGUUCCCUGCCAUUGCUGAUAGCACUGUCUUCUACCAGUUCAUUAAGGACAAGCAGUUUUAUGGCGUUGAUGGUCAAGAGGUGUUCAGACAGCAGUAUGAGUUAAUCACUGCUCAACUGCAGCAUGAAGAGUACAAUGAAAUUGUGCUCAAUCACCUUCUCAUUGCCUUCCAGUACAUGAGCCCUUUUGUUGACGAUGCACAAGAUUUUGAGCGGCUAAUGAAAGAUGUGCAGGCAAUGAAGAUAUCCUCUGGCUGUCAAGAACUGGAAACAGUCAAUAAGAACAUUAACCUAGUGAAGCUCUGGUUCUCUAGGGCAGAAGAGGACACGCUGGAAAUGGUUCCUGCUGAAUUGGAGUCCAUAUUGUCUACUGGAGAGUAUCUUUUUGUAUUUGAUUCUAUACCUGACGGUGUUAAGGCUCAAUUGUUUCUGGAGUAUCAGCCACCUUCAGUCUCUCAGGCUGUUAAUACUACUCCUGGUCGUCCUUCAAUUGCUGAGAUUGAUCCUAAUGAAAGCGUACUCUCUCAUCGUGACUCUUUUGUUGAUGAAAUAUCACGUUCCACUCCUUAUCCUCGUGAGAGCUUCACGUCAUCCCCUCCUCCUACUGCCUCCUCUCAGCUGAGACUCCAGAGAUGGAACAGUGCACAGAUACGUGAUUUUGAACAACGUAUCGGGUUUUUGGAUUCUGAGCAAGACCUGAGUCAGAAUAUCAAGAAGUUUCUCAUGUUUAAUCAGAAUGCUUACAAAUUGCUUGAGCUCUAUCAACGUCUUAAUGACCUCGGUCAUCCCCUCUAUACUGAGCUGGAGCCACAGAGAAACAUGAACAAGGAAGACCAGCCAAAGGAGGUUCCUGUUCCUUUCAGAAGUCUAUCCUGUUCAUUCUCAGAAGAAAUUGUGAAACAAAAAGUUCAAGAGGCAGAAGGUGAACUCCAAGGAUGGAUGCUUGAUGUUGAUAACCUUCACGUUCAGUUCCAUACACUGUUAUUCUUCAGUAUACCUAAAUUGCGUCACAUUCACAAACGAUUAGUUGAAGGUCAUAUUGAUAAUAUUGUUGGUGAGAUUAGUUUCUUAUUUAAGAAUAAUGUCAUUGUCAGGGAAAAAAUGAAAUCCACUGUUAAGUCUGUAUUACCACGCAUCAAGCCCCUCGUUGAGUCAUGCACUGCUCCUAUUAAAGUGGUUGGUACUUUUCUAUUGCAAUUAUUUGAGCAAGACAUGUCACGUUUUGCCCUCCAAACUCGCCAUCCUUAUCGGCAGUUACAGCGAACAUUGUCAGCUCAAUCUUCAACAGUUCUACACUCGUGUCAUGGUCUGUCACCUGCUCAGCUAGUCUCUCUCAUUAUUAACUGCUAUAAUGGGGUUCCUGAAUCAUUCCAACUAUUCCACUGUCAGGCUACUACUACAUCGGACGAACUGAACCUCUUCCUUAAACGUGUUAAUUACUAUUCAUUCCAAUACAUGAUCAUUGGAGUUGAGAGACUACCUUAUCAGUUACAAGAGUCAUUGCUGCAGUUUCAGAUUAAAUCAAGACCAUCAAUGUUAGCUAAUGAGCAAGGGGCAUCACUUCAUUUUGUUGAAACUGGCCCAUCAAUAUUAAGAGAAAUGCCAUGGAUAAUGGUCAAAGAUCAUAAGGACGGAGUGUCUCUGAAUUAUGACCGAGCUAAGAAGCUAUGCCGUCAAAGCCUGAUGGCUUUUGAAGACUUUCAAUGCAUUACACUAGUGUAUGGUCAUGCUGGUGAUGGUAAAUCUCAUUUCAUAAAGACUCGUCUGAGGAAUCGUUUACCACACAUGGUUCUGCAUAUCCCAAUAAAUGAAGCGUUCACUCCAUUAUCUGCCAUCAAGAAGCUACAGACUCUACCAAUGGACACCAGAGGAUGUUGCAUAUACUUCAACUUUACUGUACUCUCUCCUUCUGAGGCAUCUUCAGGUCAUGUUGAUGAACGUCAACAGUAUAAUGACUUAAUGAAGACAGUUAAUUGGUUUUUCUUUGAUUUACUAGUCCUUGGGUAUGUUGAGGAUCCUACUACUGGAGAAUCAUUCCGUUUCCCUGGUGGCCUCUCAUGGGGUGUCUUUAUUGAAGUACCGUCUUGUAGAGCUGACUCUGAGCCAAAUCAUAGUUUAUCACAGUUCCUAGAGCAUGUUCCUGUGUUGGGAUUAGUUGGCAAUAAAGAAUAUGUUGAGCCCAAGAGACAGUAUCAUAUUGAUGAUGAAGUUCAGUUGGUGUGCAAGUAUCUUAAAGCUUUUCAAACGUUUGAAGAAACUGGCAAGAAUGGCAUUAACAAACUGUACAAAGAAUCUCAUCGUAAAGGAAAGACAGCUCCUCUUGUUAAGUUUAGUGAAGACCCUGACCUAGGCAAGGACGAGUGUGUUGGACUGUUGGACAGAUACACACCUGAACACAUGAAAUAUAAUAAGACAACUCAGAAACUAUUUGUCAGCUAUAUGAUGCGUCGUUGCCAUUUCUUGGAUAACUUGCCAGCUUACAAUUACAAUACUGGUGGUACUGAGAUGAUAACUACUGCCAAAGGGAAGAAAAUACCAAACAACACUCAUCAACUGGGAUCAACACUGAUGAAGAGUUUCUUAAAAGAAGUUAGUGAAUUCUGUGAUCCUGAUGGACAAGCUGACUGGUCUAAGAAACCACAUGAACAAUUAAUCUAUGAUACUGUUGAUGGUGGAUCAAGUAUUGGUUUAAUAUCUUUGAGAAGUGAGAAGCUUCGCGAGGAAGAACAAUCAAACUAUGAAAAGAUUGGAAUACAAAUACCAUCAAUCAUGGACAUGCAUUCAAGAGCAUGGCUUGAUGAUUAUUUGUCACGUGCUCUUACUGUUCCUUUGGAUGAUAACGGGAGACUAAAGAUCAUUGAUGAGUCAUCAUAUGUACUGACACUUGACUAUACACUGAAGAUGUUGAAUGUUCAUGAGCGUCAUGAGUGUGGCAUGCCUGUAAUUAUUGAAGGAGAGACAGGUGUGGGUAAGACUGCACUGAUUGAGGUUCUUUCCAAGCUGUGGAACUCUGCUCAUCUUAAUGAAUGGAGCAAGACUCGGGAUACAUUAUUAGACUUCAUGCAGAGAAAAAUGGAUGAUUUAAUUGAAACCUCGCCAGAUCACAAAGCUGCUUGCCUGGAUGUCAUUAGUAAUUUAAGUCAAUCCGAUGGAGGAUUAACUGAAGAAGAUCUCGUCAUGAUAACCGAAUUACCUGAUUCACAUAGUCCAUCAGCUCAGUUUCAUUCUGUAUUGCUCAAGGAAAUGAUGAAGUUGAAAGACGACCCUGUUCUGGCUUUGCUUGAGUUGCCUGAUUCAGAGAAUAAGAAAAGCUUCAAUUACUUGUUCAGAAAUGCAGAAUAUAAGAACAAUGCUAAGGCUACUGCAGAACUUCUCCAUGGACUGUUCACUGCCAGUGUCAAGACCACUUUCCACAAGCUCAAUGUUCAUGCUGCAUUGAAACCAGCAGAUAUUAUGCUGUUCUUUAAAGAAGUGUCUAAUCAAGCAUAUGAGAUUGAAGAUGCUUAUAGCAAAAGCAAAGGAAGUGGUACUAGUUCAACAAGGAUACCAGCAGUCACUGUAUUCCUUGAUGAGAUCAAUACUGCAUCAUGUCUUGGACUACUGAAAGAAAUUAUUGUCGACAGGAGCAUUGAUGGAACUGUCAUCCCAUCUAAUGUGUUUAUUAUUGGUGCCUGUAAUCCUCAUCGUGGUGACAGUCUAGCAGUAACUGCUCAGGACGAGUCAUGGAUCCGCAGUAAUUAUUAUGUACGUGUUCUACACCCAACACUUGAUCUGAUCAAGUGGGACUAUGGAUCACUGGAUGAGUACCAGGAACGUGACUACAUUAAUGCUAAACUACGCCUCAUGCAUCAAGAUAUGGAGAAUUUGGAGUUAGCAUCACUUGCUGAAUUGAUCAUUACUAGUCAGAACAAGAUGAGAGCUCUUGCUUAUAGUCAGUUGAGGAGUCUUAAAGUUGAUGAGAUUAAUGCAUCAAUCUGUUCCAAGAGUUCGGUCAGUCAAAGAGACAUACAACGUGUCUUUACAUUCUAUGAGUGGCUCAUGAAGCUGUAUAAUAAACUGAAACCACACGGUCCUAAUGAAGAUUACCAUCGCACAGCCAUCAUGGUCUCACUCUCACUGGUUUAUUACAUGCGCCUUAAUGACAAGUACAGAGAAAGCUAUCGGGAAAUGAUUGACAAGUCUGGCCAUUUAUCUGGUAGUAAACCAUUUGCUGACGUAUUUCAGAGAGAAAUUGACUGGUACAUUGAUAACAUGUACAUACCUCAUGGUAUCGCUAAGACUCAGGCUCUGAAAGAGAAUAUCUUUGGUAUUAUAUUGUGCACAAUGACACACACUCCUCUCAUUAUAGUUGGCCCUCCUGGCUGCUCCAAAACUCUAUCAUUUAAUCUUGUCACAUCUAAUCUCCGUGGUCAGGAAUCACGCGUUAAGCUCUUCCGUGAGACUGAUCUCUUCCAUUCUCUGGAUCCUCAUUACUAUCAGUGCUCUCGCAGGACCACUUCUAACGAGAUACAAACAGUUUUCUCUCGUUCAAUCAAUCGCCAGCGUACCUAUGCAUCAGUACCAUUACCCAUACAUUGUGUGGUGUUUAUGGACGAAGCUGGUCUACCUGAAGAGAGUCUGGAGUCAUUGAAAGUGUUGCAUUAUCAUUUAGAUAGACGAGAGGUCUCUUUUGUAGCUAUAUCCAAUCACAUGCUUGAUGCUUCUAAGACAAACAGAGCUGUCUCUCUGUUCCGUUCCGAGCCAUCAGUUGAAGAGCUCUGUGUGUUAGCUAAAGGAUGCUUGUGUGACACUCCUGAUGAUCCUCCUCCUGAACUUAAGAAAGACAUUGACCUCAUUGUUAAGUUCUGCCCUCUCUAUCACAAGUUUAUGGAGAGGAGCGAGUUCAGACGUUUCUAUGGUCUAAGAGACUUCAUUCAUUUUAUCAAUUUCCUCAAGAGGAAGAGAGGAAAGAAAGGAAUCACCGAUACAGUUGUCAUGCAUGCACUCGAGAGAAACUUCAAUGGACACAAAAUGUUUGAUCAAAUUGCCAGGGAAUUCCUCGGAGUGAUGGGUCCAAAUGCUGUACAGCAUGUAACUCAUCACAGUAUACUUGAGAUACUCUAUGAUAGCAUUAAGGAUCAGCCUCAGUUACGUUCUGAAGAUAAUGAAGUUCGUUAUAAGCUAGUCAUUGACUCAAGUGAAGACAACUCUCUUCUACGCCUUCUAUUUGCCUUUGGUGUUCUCAAAGAGAAAGAUACUAGAACCUACAUGUGCAGUGAUUUCCCUGGGGACUCUCACCAGCAAACUAUCAAUACAAUUGCUGCCAUACGUCAUUCUGCUGCUGCUGGUCACACCGUCAUUAUGAGUCAGACUGAUGAACUACAUGAAAGUUUUUAUGAUCUCUUUAAUCAACGGUUCCGCCGUAUUGAUGACCCUAAGACUGGUCCCAGGUUUUAUGCCAACAUAGCCAUUGGUGCUCAUCACAAGCCUUGCAGAGUGCACCCAGGAUUCCAGUGUGUGGUGGUAGUUAAAGCAUCUGAAGUUGAUGAUAUACCACAUCCAUUCCUUAAUCGCUUUGAAAAGUAUUCAUUGACUCACAAAACCUUACUUGAUGCUGUACUGAGGAAACAACCAUCCUAUCUGAGAUCAGUUAUACAGAGAGCUUAUGAGAAGGCUACUGAGUUUGUUGAUCAUGUUGAUGGUCUGAGCAGUUUGUAUGGUUUCCACGAUGACACACUAGACUCUCUUGUAUUGAGUAUCCUACCUCCUGUUGGAUUUCAAGAAUUCCUUGAAACUGAUAAGCCAAAGAAACCAGAAGUCAUUCCUCAAGAUAUAUCACCUGAUGUGUUCUUAGUCAAAAGAUUAUUGAGAGCUUUAAGAAAGAGAGCUGGAUUCAGAAUACCUCAUUUUACCAGAGAAGAAUUAUUGGGUGAUGUUGAGCAUGUUAUGCAGCUUGUAUCACGUGACUCUCAAUUUGCUGGUCAACUGUCUUCAAUAACUAAUGAAGAAGUAUUAGUUGCUGUCCCUGAGGCUCUUCAAGGUCUUUAUCACUCAAAGAAAGGAGGCAGAACUGAUCUCUCUAUUAACGCUUGCAUGGUGAUAUCAGUAUUCCUUCAAUGGCUGGUACGCCAUUUGUGUAAAAGGUUAAUGCAACUUAUGACCACUGAGGCACUGACUGCAAGAUAUCGGUCAUUGCCUCAUCCUUACACUGAGAGCUACUUGAAGCAUCAGAGCCACUUUAAUUUACAUGCACUCAUUGAUAAGCAGCUUCAAGUGAUGGAUCUUGAUGACAGGACUGACAGGUCAACGACUGGUACAGCUAAUCGUUUAUUAAUAUUUACUCGCUCAUCAGCACUCAUUCACCAGCUACCACCACGCUAUCCUGUCACUGGAAGCUCAUCCCAGCUCUCUGGGGAUUGUGAUGAUCUUAUACGUAAUCUUGUCUACUACUAUACUGAAGAUGUUGCUGUAUGUAAGCUCUCAAGUAUAACGUCUCAAGCUAGCAUGAAUGAUGUUCUUAACUCAUUUUGGCUUUCCAAGAAGCAAAGAGUGAUGCUUUUAGUUGCUAACAUGAAAGAGACUUCCGCUGAAAUGAUCAGCCAUUUACGUGUUAUGAUUGAAGAGAAUGAUACCGGAGAGAAGCUCAAACUCUUUGUUGUUCUACUCCACUUCCCUCCCUCAAUGUUCACCACUCCUUGCUAUCCUGCUCUAUUCAGUAACACAUGGGAUCAUCACUACCUUGACAUCAUUGGACAAAACACUACAGGACAGGUCAUGGAUAUUUGUGAAUGGCUUUCUCUUUGUUGCAGUUACCUUAAGACUCAUCACAGUUCUGAGAAGCGUGUAUCAAUGCACCUUUCUUCUCUUCUCUCUGAGGCUAUACCAACCAUAUCUUCUCGUGUGUUCUUUGGUAAAGUGGAAGAUGCUCCGUUCAAUUGCCUGAUGGAUGCUCCUAAACGCAAUAGAGCAAUACAGGCCCUCUUUGAUACUGGAGUUGGUAAGAUAUUGUGUGAUAAGUUUCUCAAGUACUGGGAGCCUGGUGUUAUGCUGGAGUAUCUUGAAAAAGCAGCAGCUCAGACCACAGCAAUACAGACCAGUACACUGAGCAUUACUGACUCAGUCCAACGCCUGCUGCGUGAUACGUUCUUUGAUUAUAUUGUAUAUAUGAUAUCUAAGAUGAACGAAGAUAUGAACAUUGAUAUAUUAAUGGAUCCUGACUGCUCUGAGUACACACGUGAGCUAUUCUUAUCACUCUUGAAGUCAUAUCCUAUGCCUAAGCUAUCGCAGCUGAAGACACUCAGUAGUUUUGAGCAUAGCAUCUCUAGUUUAGAGUCAUCACAACGUACACUUUAUGUGCCAAAAUUUCCUUUCUAUCGUAUGGUAUCAUCAGUUGUUGAGAAAAUCAUCGACCAGACGAGAAAAGAGAUAAAUCAGCGUUUGGACACUCUGCAUGAGUUUCCUGAUCCUAUCUUUUCUAUCUCACAGAUGAGUAUUACUUCACUCCCUAAAGUUAUUGAAGAUAAGAGUCACCUUGUCAUUAGCAUGCAGCAUGCUGUUGAAACUAUGGUUAAACAAAUACUUGAGUCAAGUCAUGACAGCCCUCUUAAGAUUGCGUUACAAGCUAUGAUGAAGGAGCCAAAACUCAUGAAAGACUACAGUGAAGCAUUUACACACCAAAAGUUACGUCUUGGGUCUAGCACUGCUGGUAUUAGCUAUCGUAUAUUGCGAUUGACCUUCACUCAACUGCAUCCUAAUCAAGAACUACUCACUCGUCUUGUUCUGCUUCAUGUGUGCAUGCAUGUCUAUCAGUUAGACCUAUCAAGACUCGUGCAGGUGUUGCGUCCAAUCGAUGCCCUGUUAGAUAUGGCAGCUACAGUAACUGAUGAUCCAUUUGCAGAGACUCAUCCUUCACCCACUGCAUCCUUCCUGUCAGCUGUGCAACAGAGUGGGGACCUCUUAGGUCAACCUGGUGACCUCAGCAAGUAUGUAUUGAGGAUAUUGUUUAGCGCCUUGGCUGGUUCAAUGCUGGAUCAAGCAAAUGAAGAUAAUGUUAUACUUUGGUAUGAAGUUUACAGGGAUGUGAUGUCAAUGUCUGCUGUGAAGGAUUAUUUGUACAAGAAUUUGAGUGAGCUGUCAGCUACACAACAUAAUAUAAUGCAGGCAACAUUCCUGGUCAUACAAGGAAGUCAUGGAUACGAUGAAAAGGAAUCAUUUUUGAGUGCUGUUAAAAUAUUUAAUGCUCUUUUUAGUACACAUCUUACUGAAAGAAUGGAAAUGAAAACUGAGGUGUCUCCAAGACUGAAAGACGUUGUUGAAGUCAUUAUUGAAGAGUUGACUGGAUCUAGUGUUGAGGUUGCCUUACAAGAUCAGAAUACACAGCUCAGAAGGAUAUUAGAGGGCCUCUUCAACCACUACUUCUCAAUGCAUCUACCUGUUCAUAAUGCUAAGGACAUUCAAUGGUUCCUUGAGAUGGUCAACAAGAAUGCACACUGGAAAAUAAAGAGCCUACCAGCGACAGGUAAAGUGAGCAGUGAUGCUACUCUGUCUCUCUCAACUGAGGAGCCUGAGAAUCUUGGUUGCAUUUCAAUGUCAGUUUAUCAUUACUAUCUAACAAUAAUAUUGGAUAAAGCUGAUGUCAGUAAUGUUGGUACCACAUCUAUGACUACAUUAACACUUUAUAAACCAUGGGUACGUGAGAUAGUGGGUACAGUACUAGUGAAUGAUGCUCCAGCUUCAAGUACUCCUGGACCUUACAUUCCAACAUUUUAUCAAUCAACAUCUGGCAUCAAGUGCCCUACUCAAGCUAACAAUAAAUUAAUGCAGCAGCCUUUAGCUCACUUGUACUUUUUGACUGUUCUUCGUCAUUUGUUAAGCAAUGAUUUUGGCUUGACUGGUUUGGUUAGAGUAGCCAGUGCUAUCUCAGAGAAUCUUGAGGAGGAUACAAAGACCCAUGACAAAGUACUUCAUAAUAUUGAGAAGCAAGCUGUUGUUCAAGCAGCCAUUCAACAAUUAGCAAAAUGUUUGAAUCCAAAUAAUCCAAGUGGUGUUGGAACUGUUGCAACAAUUAUGAGUGAUAUUAAUCAUUUAUUGGAUGACGAGAGUUUAGGAGGUGGAAAUAUCGGAGGACAUGGCCUAGCACUCUCUCUUUGUCUAUUGAAGGAGCUCUCUAGUUACAAAGCAUUCACUGAUCUACUGGGACCCAACUCAUUUUGUAAAGAUUUCAAUGUUCUAGUCCAAUUGAGUACUAAAAUAGAACUGCCUGAAGAAGAGCAUCUCUUCCCAUUUCUUGUGUCAGUAGGAAAGGGAAAUGUACUCAAAGACUUGUACGAUCGUGUUGGACGAGCAAUGAUUACUGUUCAUAAUAGUGGAGGCCGUAAAGUAGCUCCUCUUACUUCAAUAGCACAAGAAUGGAGUCAGGGUCAAGUAUCAAUAUCUCUUCCUGAUGGUCAUGAAGUGCAAGGAGAGAAGUCAAGUAUUCUUAGAAUGGUUUUGUGGUUGAAUACUUAUUACAAGUUCUAUUGCCAGAAGAAAACUUCUACUGUAUUGAUUGACGUUAUGAGUGAUCAGUUAUUGUAUGCAGUUCAGCCAGCUCCUCUUAAUAAUUUAAUCUGUUGUUUCUUGGACCCUAAUAAAAUGAUAAGAGAAGCGACACUGGAUAGCGACUCAUCAUCUUAUGAUGAUCCAAUACAUGCUUUCUUUAAUCCAGAUACCAAAGAUAACAGUCGUAGUGAUAUUUCACUGCGUCAUGCCAUAGCUAAUCUGAUUGCUGUUGUGGUUGCUGCUCCAACUAGCAGCACUCACUUGUGGUAUCACAUGUUUGCAUCUGAUCAGCUCUCUCAUACACAUAUUGCUGGAUCCAUGCUUGAGACUCCAGUUGGCCAGAAUGGUUUAUUUUAUGAUGCUGGAGUUCAGUUGACUCCUAAUGGUUUGUAUGGACAGCAGAGUUAUUUGAAACAUGCUACAAGAGGUACUCUAAGCCUCCAGUCACUCUAUCUUCUCUUGUGGGCUAAUGCUGGCUCAUUUUGUGUUGGACUGUUAACUGAUUCAUCAGCCGAAGAUAAGAUGAAAGGAUCUGUGUUCCCUGAAGACCUGUCUAUACGUAGUUUCUGCAUGAAACAGUUGAAAUCAUUGUGGGCACAUUUGUCUGAUAGUAUGGGGAUAUCUGUUGAAGAGAGAUCUUUCUUAGUCAGCAGGUCAAUGUGGAAUCUACUAAAAUUUGCUUGUGGUAAUGGUAAAAUGCUUGCUGGAAGGUUUCCUAAUAUAACUCCUCUCAAUAAUUAUGAAUCAACUUGGUACAAUGAUAUAUUUAUGCCAGUUUGGAACACACUUAAAGAUGAAUACUGUACCUACUCUCAUUUGAAUGAUCACGAGAUAUUUAAACACAUCAAGGAUCUGGAGUGUUAUUAUCCUUGCUUUACUAAUGAAUCAGCACUCCUUCAGUCUCUUCUCUCAAACACUAAUAUUGGUGAUUAUAUUUCAAGCACUGAGCAUCUACUAGCACAGUUGGUUCUACAGAGGAAUGUAUUAGAGAUGGGUGGGAUGCUACUGACUGAUCUUGUUGAAUUGUACCAGUGGCUCCAUCAAGAAUUGGCUCAUGUUGUUACUCAAAGUGAUGCUGAAACCAUCCCUGUAUCACGUGCUGUGCGUGUACUAGCUAAAAGCUAUUCACCUGAGGAAGGAGAGAGACUCCAGAACCUGUAUAAGCGACUAAGAGAUUGUUAUAAUCAGUAUCAGGACAUGAAAGGCAAUAAUGGUUCAUGCUUGCAGGACACAACCCCUCUUUGUCACGUAUUGUCUUAUUCUACUGAUGGUGUCAAUGGACCUGAUCUUCUUUAUGUGAUAAUCAGUGACAUUAUCACAACACAUAAUAACUUCCUAAUGAGGGCUGAGAGUAUUGUUCGUUCUGAUACCGAAUCAUCUCUUGCACGUUAUUUGCCAAAAGAACUUCCACGUGUUCAUCCAACCGAAUUCACAGAUCAAAACUGUAUUGUUGAAAAAUCAUCAAGUCUUCAUGGUCUUUCCGAGUUUGAACAGCUCAUUGGCAGUCGUUCAACUCUUCCGUCACCAUUGUACAACUUAACUGGUUGCCAUACAUCCUUACCUUGCUGGCAGCCUAGCCUCAUCAAUCUCCAGCAACUCCAGGAGGAUGUAUUUUCCACUCAUGUAGCUGGUAAACCAUUGAUCGGACCACCUCAGAGUCUUCGUGCUAACUUUGCUUUCAGAGAUGCCUAUCACACUAAAGAAAAUCUGUCUGCUAUUGAAGCUGAUUUAGAAACCAUCACGUCAAAACUGCUUGAUGAAUUCAAGUGUCCAAUGGAUGAAAACACAAUUAAAGUAUUAGAGCAUCAGUUCCACAAUUCUCCUUAUCACAUCAUUAUGGAAACUGUCUCUGGACUGAGGGGUGUUGCUGGGCACUUAAUUAAAAAAUUAAUGGGGAUUAGUCAGAGUGACUUGGUGGAGCUUAAUGAUUAUAGUGUUGCUGAUUUCUUGUCUUCUGUUUUUGAAACUCGUGAGCCACUGAAGAGCAUUACUGGUAGCAAGAAGAGUAUAUUUCACGAGAUUGCUAUUCAUAAUUUAACUGUGAAUCAGUUUGCUGCACUGGAGAAUCUUCACUUGUGUCAUCUUCACGAUGCCCUCAGAUGGUUUGUUGUGUGGGUCAGUCAAGGCUGGUAUGAAUUCUGCUCUCUGCCUUAUGCUACAAAAAUAAGACUCAGUCAACCUGAUGUGGAAGCUCUCAAUACACUCCCUGAUCAUUAUACAGAAUCAAUGGAACAGCUAUUGAAACAUUUGAGAUCAUUGGUUAUGGUAUUAAGCCACUUUGAAUCAACAUCUACUAUAACUUCAAUGGCACUCAAAGAUGCACAAAUGUCUAUUGUUGAUUUACUGUCACGCCUUGGUGAGUGUCGUGAGCAAGAGGAUCUCUUACAACUUAUACCAGAAAGCAUACUCCUCCAAAAUUAUGUUCAUUUCCGUGUUGUUCUUAAAAAGUUGAUAACAGACCUUCAAAAGAAACUUUCAAGUGAAAGCCUCUCUAUUGUACCACACAAAAAGAGCUGGGAAGAUUUUGUUGAUGAUCUUUGGAAGAAUAAUCUGACCCAAUUCCGUCAUGGAAACUUCUCUUAUGCAGUAGUGUCAACUGCUGAUCAGAAGAGGCGUGUAUAUUCUUUACGUAACAUUGACAGAAAUGAUGAGGAUCUUCUUAAUGAUUUAAUGAAUGCUGGGGUGUCUGAAACUAAUCUCUUACCUGAUACUGAUGUAGAUGAAUCAAGCUCACGUUCUCCAUCUCUAAACUCAAGACUCUCGCAGCCAUCAGUUGUUUAUACUGGACGUGAUGAUGCUGACGAUAUGGAAAGUUCUAUAGCUACAUCACUAUCAACUAACCAAGGCACAACUCGAAUAAAGAGGCUGUCACAGUCCUUUACUAGUGAAAAAGUUUGCGAAUUCCUUGACGAGAUUGGACUGAAAAUGUAUGUGCCUCAGUUUGAAGAAUAUGGUAUCACUGGUGAGGUAUUACUUGGUGCUGAACAAGGAAAGGGAUUGGAAGAUCUUGGUGUCGAUAAUCCACUUCAUCGUUUAAAAAUUUGUGUUCUCUUCCGUCGUAAACUUGAUGGGGUAAGCAAGAUUGCUAAGAGGUAUCCUGUUGAGGAAGUGGUCAGGUUCUUGCAUUCAAUAAAGAUGAGUGAGCAUGUUCAGAAAUUUGAAGAAAACAACAUUGACGGAGAGUUACUCAUUGAAGCUACACAUGAUGCUCUAGCAUGUCUUGGUGUUACUAAGCAGAUACAACGUAUAACUAUUAUGACUAAUUUUAAGAAUUACAUUUUGCCUCGUUCUACAACUUUGUAGAAAGAGAAACUGCUGGUAAUGAAAACUAUUAAUUAAAAUAAUUAUUAAGUAUUGUAAUUACAUUAGCUAUACUUGUCUCACACUGUAAAGUUGGUUAUUGAUUAUUUUGCUAAUUAUUAUAUCUUUUAUAUCUAAUGAUCAUUUAUUAAGUUUA